AGCCGCGGCAGAGGACCUCUGGGCGAGCGGAGGGAGGGCAUCAGGUGGAGCGAGCCGGCCGGAGCCAGAAGAAGAAAGUACCUGAGCGUUGCUUUCCCUUUUUGCUUUCCUUCAGCCAGUGAGCUCUACUUUUACCCUCAUUGCAAAAGACGAAAGGGAGGCUCUCUCUGCCUACAUUUACACGCGCGCACACAGGCAGGCACACACUCUUUUAGAAAGAUACAUUUUGGAGCUUGGAAUCCCACCCAGAAAGAUGGAAGAAGGAGCCAGACAACGGAACAUCGCUGAGAAGAGCCGCCCAGGUGGGCCUGAGUCAGAUGCCAACUCUGGCUCAGGAGGAGACGGAGUAGCCCUGAAGAAAGAGAUCGGAUUGGUCAGUGCUUGUGGAAUCAUUGUAGGGAAUAUCAUCGGCUCUGGGAUCUUCGUCUCGCCAAAGGGCGUGCUGGAGAAUGCCGGCUCCGUGGGCCUCUCGCUCAUCGUCUGGAUUGUGACAGGCCUCAUCACAGCGGUGGGAGCCCUGUGCUAUGCCGAGCUUGGGGUCACCAUCCCCAAAUCUGGCGGCGACUACUCCUAUGUCAAGGAUAUCUUCGGAGGACUGGCUGGGUUCCUGAGGUUAUGGAUCGCUCUGCUGGUGAUCUACCCCACCAACCAGGCCGUCAUCGCCCUCACCUUCUCCAACUACGUGUUGCAGCCGCUCUUCCCCACCUGCUUGCCCCCAGAGUACGGCCUUCGGGUCCUGGCUGCCAUCUGCUUGCUGCUCCUCACGUGGAUCAACUGCGCCAGUGUGCGAUGGGCCACCCGGGUGCAGGACAUCUUCACCGCCGGGAAGCUGCUAGCCCUGGCCCUGAUCAUCGUCAUGGGCAUCGUGCAGAUCUGCAAAGGAAAGUACUUCUGGCUGGAGCCAAAGAAUGCCUUUGAGAAUUUCCAGGAGCCCGACAUAGGCCUGGUGGCCCUGGCUUUCCUCCAGGGCUCCUUUGCCUACGGAGGCUGGAAUUUCCUCAACUACGUGACCGAGGAGCUUGUGGACCCCCACAAGAACCUGCCCAGAGCCAUCUACAUCUCGGUCCCGCUGGUCACGUUCGUGUAUGUCUUCGCCAAUAUUGCUUACGUCACCGCAAUGUCCCCUCAGGAGCUGCUGGCGUCCAACGCAGUUGCAGUGACGUUUGGCGAGAAGCUCCUGGGCGUCAUGGCCUGGAUCAUGCCCAUCUCGGUGGCCCUGUCCACGUUUGGAGGCGUCAACGGGUCUCUCUUCACCUCGUCCCGGCUGUUCUUCGCUGGAGCCAGGGAGGGCCACCUUCCCAGCCUGCUGGCCAUGAUCCAUGUGAAGCGUUGCACCCCAAUCCCAGCCCUGCUCUUCACAUGCUUGUCCACCCUGCUGAUGCUGGUCACCAGCGACAUAUACACGCUCAUCAACUACGUGGGCUUCAUCAACUACCUCUUCUACGGCGUCACAAUCGCUGGACAGAUCGUCCUGCGCUGGAAGAAGCCUGACAUUCCCCGCCCGAUCAAGAUCAACCUGAUCUUCCCCGUUAUCUACUUGCUGUUCUGGGCCUUCCUGCUGAUCUUCAGCUUGUGGUCGGAGCCCGUGGUGUGUGGCAUCGGCCUGGCCAUCAUGCUGACAGGCGUGCCCGUCUACUUUCUGGGUGUUUACUGGCAACAGAAGCCCAAGUGUUUAACUGGUUUCAUUGAGUCCCUCACCCUGCUGAGCCAGAAGCUGUGUGUGGUCGUGUACCCCAAGAUGGACGGGGACUCAACCUCGGAGGAGCUGAGUGAGGAGGCUCACGAGCUGCAGCAGCCCAUGCGCCGCCGCCACGAGGAGCAGGGCUCACAGGGCCAGCUCUAGGCCCAAGGGACACCUCCCCACCCAUCUGACUCUUCCCGCCUUGACCCUCUUUUCUGGCCUAUUUCCUUGUCUGGGGCUCCCCCAACACACACACACAUAUGCCUGUCAAAUCGGGGAAGGGCCUGGGUGUGGGUGGGGAGACAUGGUAAAGACACUAACAUUUGUACCCAAACAAUCAGCCUCUCACCCCUAGGUCCCCACACCGGGGCUGCUCAGAGCUGUUAGAGGGCAGUGCCUGGACACUGACCCCCCAGUUGCCUUCUGGGGGAACCCAACUUCAGUGCUGCCUUUCUGUCCAUUCCAAGGUCCAAGGGAAGGACUCCACUGAGAGGCCUGGCAGCUGGUACUGGGACCUAAGAAAUCAGCGGGAACGCUGCCCUCUGUCCCCUGGCCCCCACCACCACCCCUGCCGGGACUCCCUAUCCAGGGGAAGGUUCCUUUCAGGUUACCGCGUCCCCACUGAGCUAAGGACCAACCACCAGGAGAACUGUCCCGUUACACUCCCCCCACCCCCAUCCGCUACCCGGGCCCUGGAACAGAUUGGGAAAGCCUCAGCUCUCAGCAUCCUGGCCCUGCCUCCUGCCUCCUGCCCCCAACUGGUGCCAAAGCUUCCUGAAGUCAGAAAGCGUCUCAUUUUCCAUGUCACCGACAUGUCUCCCCUAGGACCGACACAAUCGCUCAGCCCCUCCUCUCACCCACGCCCACAGGAAGGAGCGGUUGCCUUCUUAUCCUGGCAGACACACCCCACACACACCCCAGAGUCUGCUGCCCCACCCAUCCCCGCCCCGCCCUGUCUCCAGCCUGUGCCCUUUGCCUGCCCUGGAUCUUGGCGCCAGGCCCGGGUGGGAAGGAUCCCCAAGCCCUUCAGACACGACCUUGGAGCCAAAUCAACCUGGGUCACCUGGAACUGGGCCCAAACGUUCAGCCUUUCUCCCAGCCCUCAAGACAGACCCGGGUAUUACAAGCCUGCGAGGGCACCAGGGUGUGGGGCUGCUGCUUUCCCACCUUCUAGAGGUGCCCGGUCAAUCACCUCAGAAACUCUGGGGGAAGAGUAUUUUUGGAAGGCCAUGUCCUCUCCCCAUCCUCUCGUUCAAACCCCUCCCUCCCCAUCUUUGGACAGUGUCCUUUGGCACAAGGGCACCCCUUUGGAGACCCUGAGAGGAACCCCUUGAGAAAGCCCCUCCCUCGGUCAGAAGCAGACACUCCGUUUCCCUGUGCUCCUGGGCCUGGCGGCCUCCCCACUCACUUCUUUCGUGCUAGGGACCCGGGGUCCUUUUGUCCCAAAGCAGGACACCCUUUGUCUGCCCACUGCAUCUGCUGAACUGGAAUACCCAGCACCCCCUUCCCCCUGGCCUGGAUCUCCCAGCUGCCCUUCCACCUCUCCUGACCCAUUGUUGGUGAGGCGCUGGCUUGGUCUGAGUGGACCCCAGCCAGGACAUUCCUUCAGAGGGGACACCAGGCGGGCUGGGCUUGGGCCUGUAGGGUCUCGUUCCGGAUCUCCUCAUCCCUCCAACCCCCUCCUCUCCAAUGAUUGUUUUUUUUUUUGUAAUAUGGAUGCCUUACUUUUUGGAUAAAUAUUUUUAAAGCUAGUAUUUCUAUCUCCUUUGGGCGUUUGUUUUUAAUGUAAGCUCGUUUGGGGGAGGUGGGGCUACUUAGGGUCUAGAUAAUGAUCUCCUGUCUUUGGAUUGGUUUUAGUGUUCUGUUUGGAUUCCGAAGGAUUUAUUUUCCCUUUUGGUUUAAUAAAAUUUUUCAUGAAAAUGGAA